CCUCAGGCGACCAUCGACUCCGCACUCCUCUUUCCCCCCACACCACAACAACGCCCUGCCUCUUCCUCGUUAAUCCACCAUUAAUUUCUCCUUCACCGGAUUACACAAUCUGACGACAUUGUGCUUUUCGGAAUGUAAAUAUUGGGUCUCAUCUCUAUUUCUCCAAGAAAUUCCCCUCCCCUUCUGUGACCAUGGCUUUCGCGGCCUUUCGUAAUUCUAUCUCCUCUCCCCUUCGCUUGGGCCGCUCCAUGAUGUCGGUCUCUCAGCAGCAAUGCCGCCAGGCCUCCUUUUCUUCCUACCUAGUUUCUCCUAAGGAACUCAGCGAAGCCCUGAAGAAGAACCCGCCGACGAAGAUCUCGACUUCUCCCCGUGUCGUUCCCAUCUGCGCGGCGUGGUUCAUGCCCAAUGACCCCGAGGGUCGCAAGGGCAUUGACAUCUUCCGGAAACAUCGCAUCCCCCAAGCCCGCUUUUUCGAUCUCGAUGCGAUCAAGGAUCCCGAGUCGCCGUACCCUCACAUGCUUCCCACUGCCGAGACCUUUGCCGAUGCGAUGGGGGAACUGGGCAUCCGGAGGGACGACGAGGUUGUGGUUUACGAUACGGAAGAGCUGGGAAUCUUCAGUGCGCCCCGUGUCGGAUGGACCUUGCGCGUCUUUGGACAUCCUAAAGUCCACGUCUUGAACAACUACAGACUGUGGGUUCGUGAAGGAUUCCCGACCGAGACGGGCGAGCCUCAGCAGGUGGAACGAACCACCUAUCCUCUCCCGACUUACGACUCGAAGCUGGUCAUUCCCUACUUGGAACUGAAAGAGAUUGCCAAGGAACAUAGGAAAGAAGGGGCGAAGGAGGUGGAAAUCCUGGACGCGCGAUCCUACGGCCGCUGGGCGGGAACCGAUCCUGAACCGCGCCCGGGACUCUCCUCGGGACAUAUUCCUGGCUCCAAGAGUCUGCCUUUCCAGGAAUUGCUGGAUCCGGAGACGAAGACUUAUCGCUCUGGAGCCGAGUUACGCAAGAUCUUCGAGGACCGGGAGAUCGAUGCCUCCAAGUCGAUUAUCAGUUCCUGUGGCACCGGAGUCACGGCCAGCAUUAUUGAGACUGCACUAGGCGAAGCCGAAUAUGGCGACCCCAGUCUUCGGAGAGUGUAUGAUGGAAGUUGGACGGAAUGGGCACAGCGUGUCAAGCCGUCCGACGGUCUGAUUAAGAAGGUAACCUGAGGUGGUCACCAGGCAACGGAGGAGAAAUUGAGAGAUGAAUGACCCGAUGCUGUUCAAGCAACUCUGUAUGACAUAGCGUUCGUAUUCCCAUGCUUUGCUUCUCUUGUGGACUGGUGGAUCUGUGUGACGGCGACAGCACACACCUUGAAGGUUGCAGCUGGUCGGUUUCCUGUUUGAUAUAGAAUGUAGUACAGACCAAUCUCCCAUAGACAUUAUUGACUUUCAGUG